AAUGGGUAUAUCGAUCGCAUCAGUGCACCAACUGCAACUCGAAACGACAUGGAUUGAGUAAACAGAAAUAUAAUUCACUCGCUCUGAUGAUUGGACCCUUCACCAUUUAAAGUCCCGUGUCCCACUUGAACGCACACUUCCCCAGGCUUUCUCUUAAGACCCAACUGCGUCAUCCGCUCUUCUGUUAUUACUUGUUAUUCUCUUCUCUGCCCUUCGUAGAAUAAUAAUAUAAAAACCUCGUUAACCCUUCAUACUCAAAAGUCUCAAACUUUUUUUCUCUCUCUGUCGCUGACUGUGAACAUCAAAGUUAACCAUGAAGAAGCUCUACCGCAGAGGCACGGUUCAUCCAUCACCUCCGAGCACAACCGAUCAUCUGUCUUUCCUUCCUGCCACCAUCUUAGCCCUCGCGGCUGCUCUUUCCCCGGAAGACAGGGAAGUUUUGGCCUAUCUCAUCUCUUGUGCUAACAACGAUUUCAGCAUCUUCUCAACCCACCGGAAAAACACCCAGAAAUACCCGACUAAAAGAAGCAUCAGCUUCAGCAGCGGCAGCGAUCAUGACCAUCCACCUCUUUUUACCUGUGAUUGUUUCAGGUGCUAUAUGAGCUACUGGGUCAGGUGGGACUCAUCGCCCAACCGGCAGCUGAUACAUGAGAUUAUAGAUGCUUUUGAAGAUGGGUUAGCUCAAAGCAAGAAGACAAAGAGCAAGAAAGACAGGAAAAAGAAGAGCGGUGGAGCUGAUGGGUCUGGUGGUUCGAAACGAACCGAUUUGAACUUAGGGAAGGACGAAUCAUGUGACUCGAAAUCGGCGGAAGCCAGUAGCAGUAGCAAAAGUUGUGGUGUUGAAGUUUGUGGGGAUGACGGUGAAGAAGAAGGGACAGACAAGGGUCCGGUGAGGAGGUUCGUGAGCUUCAUCGGAGAGAGGAUUUGGAAUGUUUGGGGGCAGUGAAUUUAGACGAGAAUCCCAAGAAAAUAGGUGGGUUUUAACUCCAGCCGAUUUUCUCUGUAUUAGAGAAAGAACAAUGAAUUUUCUUCUAUUUUUAAUUAAUUUUCCUUCUUUUUUUUUUGUAUAUUAUGCCCUUUUACAAUGUAAAAAUGGGUAGUUUAAAUUUCAAUCAACCAUGUUUUUGUUGUUUCUUGAAGCAACCUUUUGAUAUAAAAAGAUUUUCUUGUUGCCCACCA